AGAAUCUCUCAACCUUAGAACACACAGACAGACGCACUUGAGGACACAGUACAAAUUAUUGUUGUAUUGGACCUAAGAAGGCAUGGACGUCAUCCACAGCUAUGGUGUGGAGAGCACCAGGUACCUGCAGGAGAACUAUGCGGAGACGCAGGACUGGUUCCUGUUUGUGUCCUCGGCUGCGGACCUGCGCACCACCUUCCUCAUCCUCUUCCCCCUCCUCUUCCACCUGCAGCCAGCCACGGGGGUCAGGCUGGUCUGGGUGGCCGUGCUGGGGGACUGGAUCAACCUGGUGUCCAAGUGGCUGCUGUUUGGAGAGCGUCCAUAUUGGUGGGUGCAGGAGACCUCCUACUAUGGCAACUCCACAGUACCACAGCUGAGGCAGUUCCCCAUGACCUGUGAAACAGGCCCAGGUAGCCCCUCAGGCCAUGCUAUGGGCUCUGCUGGCGUCUACUACGCUCUCGUCACUGCUGUUCUCAACUCCUCCCAGAGGCACUGUAGCAGUCCCACACAGAGCAGGUGCGUUAAAGCGGCGAUGUGGACGGUCUUCUGGGUUGUGCAAGUCUGUGUUUGUCUGUCCAGAGUGUUCAUCGGCGCCCACUUCCCCCAUCAAGUCGUCAGUGGCGUUGCUCUUGGCGUUGUCGUGGCCGAGGGUUUGAACCGGGCUUCCUGGAUCCAUCAUGUCAGCUUCCGAGGCUACGCCCGCCUGACCCUCUUCCUGUUGUCCUUCGCCCUGGGCCUCUACGUCCUGCUCGGCUCCGUGGCCGUGGACCUGCUCUGGAGCCUGGCCAAGGCCCAUCGCUGGUGCGUCACCGAGGCCUGGGUGCGCCUGGAGACCACUCCGUUCGCCAGCCUGCUGCGCAACACCGGCGUGCUGUUUGGGCUGGGCACCGCGCUGCAUUUACCCACGCUGGAUAUUAAGAAGGCUGCCGUGGUGGUGGGAGAGGGAGAGGGCUCCACUACUGCUGCCUGCUUUGGUGGGAGGAUCGCUCGCGCCCCCUUCAGGCUGAUCUGUGCAGUCGCAGCCAUCUUGCUCUUACACGUGCUGGACACCUUUGGGCCGCCGGUCCACAACCGCUCCCUCUUCUACCUGCUCUCCUUCUGCAAGAGUGCCACUGUGCCCCUGACCACUGUGGUCGUUGUGCCUUAUUUUGCUGGCAGGGCGGUGAAUGCUGUGACCAAGAGAGGAAACUGCGUAUAUAGACUAUUUGAGUGAAAACAAAGCCGUUAAAAACAAGUGCAAGCAAUAGACAGCAACAGAGACAGACAGGCGGCACAUUCAGAUGUCAUGUGCAGGCUGAUAUUCAGAUCAUGGUGAAAGCCAACCCACAAUGAGAGACACGUUUGAGGGACUAUAAAGUUCACGUAUGAGAGGACUGAAGGCCAAGAAAGGGUGCAUAGUCUGACUGCAACAGGGUCAGGCGGCAUUCAGACGGACAUGGGUGAUGCUCAGUUCAUGAUAAAUGCCAACCCACAUUGUCUUGAUGUUGUGGUGUUGGAGUUCAACUGAAUAUGACCUGGUGCAUGAGGACGGUCUCAGCAGUCAGGGGCCAGGCCACAGCGUCAGCUUGGAUUCAUAAAUUGGCCUAAGACGCCCAGGCUCAUAGGCCCAGAUGUAUGAGGGGCCAGGACGAAGUGCCCCACCCCCACCCACUCCACAUAUCGCAAUUCACAUUGACGAGGUAGCAAACAGUGAGAAAAUAUCAGUGUUAAUAUAGGCCUAUAGCCUUUAGAGAGUUGAAAUUAACUUUACUCUUUGGUCAGUGUUGAGUUAAUUCUUCUCAAUAUUGUGUAUGUAUUAAGAGUGGGAGAGUUGAAAUGAUCCAGUGUGUGGGGGGAAGAGAGAGAGAGACCUGCCUUGGGCUAAAUGUAUGUAAGAGUGAACUACAUAUGGUGCAAUGAUGUGUGUAAUGUUUUGUGUGUAAUGUCUUCUGUGUUUAUGUAUGUAUGGUACUUGACACCUUAAUUUCCCCCUGGGAUCAAUAAAUG